UGGCGACUUGCGGAAUUGUUUUGGAAUUCCCGUUUUCGAUAUUUUUGUUAUUUCUCGCUAUAAAUGGUGUUUACACAGAAAAAGAAACAAGAAAGACGCAAGAAAUGAUUUAUGUUGGAAUCAAUUACUUUUCACCAUGUAUAAGAAGAUUGAAUGCAACUCACCAAAUAGGCUGUACCAGUGCCAUACACGGUAACACCGGUGUUUUACAUUACAUUGAUAAUGAUGCAAGUUUGAAUUGGCUUGUUAAUAAAGGCCCACAUGGUCCAUAUAUACCCUUAAUGACAGCUGAUAUGUUUACAUUUAAAAAUUUACAGAUGCUGCAGAAGUCCGGUAAAAUAAAUGGUAUUAUGGUGAUACAUCUUGCUGAUCAAGCGCCCCCUAGUGGUGGAUUUUCACCAGAUUACCAGUGUCCCAAUCAAGAGUAUGGUUUGUACCCGGACUCUGAUUGCUCCCAGUUUCCAUGGAACCCAUUAGGAUCUGGAAUGAUGUAUGUGGAUUACGAGUACCCCAUAUUUGCAAUGACCGAUGAAAAUGAAGUGCGCCAUCUCAUACAGUAUUAUUACAAAGAAAAUAACCCAGUAAAUGAUACAAUACCAGAAUAUCCUCUGUGUGCAGUACAGUUAAGUGAUAGAAUGCACGCUGCUAAAGAUACCGAGACGUGCAUGAGAAGAAGCUCACGAUAUACAAACAUGGAACAAUUUGUUUACUGUGAUCCCCUUGGCAACCAGAAUGUAUUUGGGUUUCUAAAACCAACCAAUAAGUCAGAACCAUUGCAAAAUAAUUCUCUGAUUAUAGCUGCAUCUAAGCUGGACAGUGAUACACUAUUUUAUAACAUGAGUCCGGUUGCCGGUGCAGAAAAUGAUGUCACAGGAUUUGUCACUUUGUUAUCUGUCAUUGAAGCAUUGGGACGACUUUCACAAGAAACAAAAGACAACAUGUCAAACAUUAUGUUCACAUUUUUUCAAGGGGAAUCUUGGGACUACAUUGGUUCAUCUAGGAUGGUCUAUGACAUGCAGAGAGAUUCAUUUCCUAAUGUAUUGGUAGAAGACUUGGACCAACCAGCAUUAGUCAGUCUUUCGCAUAUAUCACACUUUUUAGAACUUAGACAAUUAGGACUGCUGAAUGCCUCAAAAUUGUGGGUUCAUUCUGAUCCCAGAAGUCAACAGGUCGACCCUAGAGUCGGACCAGAGAAUAAGAAGAUUUAUGACGCCCUGCAUGCGGCCGGUGUCCAGAAUGAUAUUGAUGUGAAUAGAAUUAUCAACACUGCACUUCCACCUGCAUCUUUACAACAGUUUCUUAAAAGGGGGAAUAUUAGUGGAGUAGUUGUUACUGAUCAUGAACAUAAAUUUGCAAAUAG